AUGGCGCCUCUUGUAGACGUGCUAAGAAUGGUUGAUAACAAAAGAAAACCCGCAAUGGGUUACAUAUAUGUCGCAAUGGUGGUAGCCAAAGAAUCAAUUGAAAAAGUUUUUAAUUCAAAUUCAAGCAAGUAUAAAGCCGUAUUUGUCAUCAUUGAUAAAAGAUGGGAGUGUCAACUUCAUCAUCCAUUACAUUCUGCAGGUUACUAUCUCAAUCCUGAAUAUUAUUAUGAGAAACCAGAAAUUGAGAAUGAUCCUAAAUUGGUGAGAGGCCUCCGUAAAUUCAUUGAGACACUUAGUGAAAUGCUUCCGGAUGUGAGCAUUCAUUCCAAGAAGCGAAAUAAGUUGGAGCAUCAAAGGUUGCAAAACUUGGUUUUCAUAAAGUAUAACCAAGCAUUGGUUGAAAGAUUUGAAAUUCGGGACAAGAUUGAUCCUAUGGAAUUUGGUGAAAUUAAUUAUCACACUCAAUGGUUGGUGGAAGAGAUGAGAGAGAUGGGAGAAAAUGGUGAUCCUUUACAAGAAUAUUUGGUUCAUGAAGAUGAUGAUUUAACUUGGGCACAAGUUACCGAAGCAAGUGGGGUUAAUGAGCCUGUAGUUUACACUAGGAGGUCAAAACUACUUGAAGGUGCAAGUACAUCUAGGGCACAACAAGUGGUGGUAGAAGAUGUUGAAGAAGAUGAUGAAGAUGAAGAAUUGGAGGAAUAUUUUGAUGAUAUAUGA